AUGGCGAGCAAGUUCGACAACCAAAACAAUGAGCAACUCGUGGACGAAUAUUGUGACCAAGAUGAGGACGGCCUAGGUGACUUCAUUGUGUAUAGCGACGACGACGAGGAGUCAUUGAAGCAAAAGCAGAACCAGCAGGAGUUGGAUGAUGAGCACCAGCAGGAGUUGGAUGAUGAGGUGGAAGAGGAAGAGGAAGAAGAGGAAGAGGUUGAGGAGGAAGAAGAGGAGGCACCAGUUGGGCAGCAAGAGAUCCUUAGCCUGAGGGAGCAGUUAAAGGAGGAAAUCAGGAGGAAAAACGCGGCAAUGGCUGCCGGCGCUCGCAAACCUAAUUUACCAUUGUCAUCCAAGAACCAGACGAUGCCACCCGUUAAGGACGGAUACGGCACCUUCUUUGGGCCAUCAAAGCCAGUGCUUGCUCGCCGAGUCAUCGAAGAAGGGUGUUCAACGAUCAUGAAAGAUCUACAGAAUGUACCCUCCAAAAAAGAUGUUUCCUUGGCUUCGAAGAUGCGACAAGGCGCAGUUGAGAAAAUGCAGAAACUGAAGUUUGUUAGUGAGGAGAAGAGAAAGGUUGAUACACUUCGAAAGAAUCGAGAUUACUCAUGUCUGUUCUCAGAUGACGCUGAUACUCAACCCCCUACUAAAGAUCAUCCUGACAGUAGUAGGGCCCUUCUUCUUGUUCCGAAAUCUGAGACUCAAGAUGCUGGGCAGGUGAAUUCUGCCAGGAAAAGCAGAGUGUUCACAGGCCAACCUGCCACAUUAUCAUCAACAGACCAUGGAUUGAAGAAGGGUUCUGGGUCUCUGGGAAAGAAGGCUCAUGCAGAAAGAAAAAGCGCUAUAGCUGCUGGUAGAAACGGGUCCAACCUGCCUAACUUGAAGAAGAAAUCUCCAGGGCUGCUAUCAUCCUCGAAAGGCCAAGAGCUGCAGCCGUCACUCCAUAACAAGAGGCCGCAGGCGUCGAUUCCAGGACAGAAGCUGCGGCAGCAGCCGCAGAGUCAGAGGCCGCAAGGCAAUGGCCGUCAGCCACCGUUGCAAGGUCGAAGUCUACAAGGUCAGCUUAUUGGACAGAAUAGAUCGGCUGCGCAAAAUGGGAGAUUGAAAUCAGCACAAAAGCAGCUCAUUCCUUCCUCAAAAUUCAAGGCAUCUCAUGGAGUAGAAAAGCAUAUAGUAAAAAGAAGGAAAUCCAAUGAUGACAGACAAAUAAUGCAUAAAUAUGACGAAUUUGCUAUCAGCGAUGAAGACGAGAGUGAUAUGGAAGCUGAUUUUGCUAGCAUACAAAGGGAAGAGAGAAGAAGCGCGGCACUUGCAAGGAAAGAGGACCAGGAGCAGCUCCGGUUGAUCAAGGAAGAAGAGAGGCGCGAACGCGCAAUGAAGAGGAAAAGGGCAGCACAAAAGGAAUAA